CUUUUUAUGGAUUCGUAUCGUAAAAUCGUAAAUAUUGAUGUAAAAAAUAAAGUUAUUGGCUGGGCUUUAUACUACACGAAUUUCAGAAUUUAUUGAUUUAAUCAGGAAUAACACCUGUUUCAAAAUGGGUAAACGACAACAUCAAAAGGAUAAAAUGUAUCUCACAUACACAGAAUGGACUACGUUGUACGGAGGGAAAAGAUCAGGAACUACAGUGGAAGAAGACACAUCCUUUAAAAGACUUCCCUUUGACCAUUGCUGCUUGUGCUUGCAACCGUUUGAUGAUCCAUACUGCGAUGCUGAUGGGAAUAUAUUUGAAUUACAAGCUAUUAUAGAAUUUGUGAAAAAAUUCAAAAUCAAUCCGGUUACUGGCAAGAAAUUUGAUGUCAAGACUUUAUUUAAACUUAAUUUUCAUAAAAAUGCGGAAGAUGAUUACCACUGCCCUGUUCUAUUUAAACCUUUUACAAAGAACUCGCACAUUGUUGCAAUACGUGUUACUGGCAAUGUGUAUUCACAUGAGGCCGUGGAACAGCUUAAUAUCAAAGGCAAGAACUUCAAAGACUUGGUUGAUGAUACCCCAUUUGCGAGGAGUGACAUUAUUACUAUACAAGAUCCAAACAAUUUGAGCAAGUUUAACAUAUCUACAUUCCACCAUAUUAAAAAUAAUCUAAGAGUUGAAACAGAAGAGGAAAUAGCGAUGAAAAAAGAUCCUAAAGCAAGGUUAAAAACAGUGUCAGCUGAAACAAAAGAUAUUUUACAAGAAUUAGAAAGAGAAUAUAAGGCUCCUGAGAAGCAACAGGUUAAAAAAGAGGUUGCAGAUAAAUUUAAUGCAGCACAUUAUUCUACUGGAAUGGUGGCCGCCAGCUUCACUUCAACUGCUAUGGUCCCAGAAACAGUACACGAAGCAGCUAUUAUUUGUGAGGAUGAAGUAAAAUAUGAAAGAGUCAAGAAGAAAGGAUAUGUUAGAUUGAUAACCCAAUAUGGCCCAUUAAAUUUUGAAUUGUAUUGUGAUGUAACACCAAAAGCUUGUGACAACUUCAUAAAGUUAUGCAAUAAAGGCUAUUAUAAUGGAACAAAAUUUCACCGAUCAAUAAGAAAUUUCAUGAUUCAAGGUGGAGAUCCAACAGGUACAGGACUAGGGGGCGAAUCAAUAUGGAAGAAACCAUUUGAAGAUGAGAUACGUCCUAAUCUUCACCAUACUGGCAGAGGUAUCCUCUCCAUGGCAAAUUCUGGCCCAAAUACCAAUGGAUCACAAUUUUUCAUAACAUUUCGAUCCUGUAAGCAACUAGAUGGAAAGCACACAAUAUUUGGAAAAUUGGUAGGUGGUGUUAACACCCUGAAUUUAAUGGAACAAAUAGAAGUAGACAACAAAGACAGACCAAUCCAUGAUAUUGUCAUUGAGGUGGCACAGGUUUUUGUUGACCCAUUUGCAGAAGCUGAGGAACAGCUUGUAGCAGAAAGAGCUGCAGAGUUAAAACGACAAGCAGAAGCUGAAGGUCCUGGGGUCAAACCUAAGAAAGCUGCAUCAGAGCCCCUCAAAGUGUUCAGGGAGGGAGUUGGAAAGUAUUUGAAUUUACAAGAACUUUCUUCAAGCAAAGGAACAAAAAAUCAAGAAGUCCCUUCCAAGAAACCUAAGAAAGAUACGAAAUAUAGUUUUGGAAGUUUUGAUUCCUGGUGAUUUUAAUGUAGAUAAUAGGGUAAAAAUAUUUCUG